UUUUAUCUGUGUCUUUCAGGAACAGGGCCACUCCAACGUUCUCCUGCAGCCGCCCAACACCACCUAACAUUUCCUGGAAAAACGUGUCCAUCGCCCGCUCCCAACAAACAUGGACUGUUUUCCCAUGCUUUAUUUUCUGUCGAGACAUCAUGAUUCCUGGUAAUCGAAUGCUGAUGGUCAUUUUAAUAUGCCAAGUCCUGCUGGGAGAGAGCAACCAUGCUAGUCUGAUACCUGAAGAAGGAAAAAAGAAAGUACCGGGCCUGCAGGGUCGUUCGGCCGCUCAGAGCCAUGAACUGCUGCGGGACUUCGAGGCCACGCUGCUGCACAUGUUCGGCCUCAAGAGGCGGCCGCGGCCCAGCCGCUCCACCACUGUGCCCCGCUACCUGCUGGACCUCUACCGCCUGCAGUCGGGGGAGGCCGAGGAGGCUGGAGGGCAUGACAUCGCUUUUGAGUACCCAGAGAGGUCAGCCAGCCGGGCGAACACUGUGAGGGGCUUCCACCAUGAAGAGCACAUGGAAAAGGUGCACGAGCUGGACGUUGGUGAGACCACACCCUUUCGCUUCCUGUUCAACCUCAGCAGCAUCCCGGAGGACGAGCUGCUCUCUUCCGCCGAACUUAGGCUCUACCGUCAUCAGAUUGAUGAGGCCAUCGCUGACGCCCUCUCAGACGAGAAGGGGCUUCACCGGAUAAACGUGUAUGAGGUGCUGAAGCCCCCGCGGCCCGGGCAGCUCAUCAUGCAGCUCUUGGAUACACGGCUCGUGCGCCAAAAUGCAUCACAAUGGGAGAGCUUUGACGUCAGCCCUGCCGUGCUGCGCUGGACUCGUGAGCGCCUCCCAAAUUACGGGUUGGCUGUGGAGGUGCAACACCUCAACCAAACACCGCGUCACCAGGGCCGACACGUCCGAAUCAGCCGCUCACUACACCAGGAGCCUGGUGAGGACUGGGAGCAGCUGCGCCCCCUCCUGGUUACCUUUGGCCACGACGGGAAGGGUCACCCACUGACCCGCCGGACCAAGCGCAGCCCCAAGCAGCGGGGCCGCAAACGCAACCGCAACUGCCGACGCCACGCACUGUACGUGGACUUUAGCGACGUAGGCUGGAAUGACUGGAUAGUGGCGCCCCCUGGUUACCAGGCUUAUUACUGCCAUGGGGAAUGCCCCUUUCCUCUGGCAGAUCAUCUGAACUCAACCAACCAUGCCAUUGUUCAGACACUGGUGAACUCUGUGAACAACAACAUUCCCAAGGCCUGCUGCGUGCCAACAGAGCUCAGCGCCAUCUCCAUGCUCUACCUAGAUGAACAUGACAAGGUGGUCCUAAAAAACUAUCAGGAAAUGGUAGUGGAGGGCUGCGGCUGCCGCUAGCACACAAGCUAACUACAACAUGGACUUGGACUAGAGACUUGAAAAAAGCUACAUGGACGCUCAAACAAAUCAGAAGGUCUUUACUCCCAAAAAAAAAAAGUUCACUUGGACCCUUAUUUAUAACGUUUAUGUUGAGGUGUAUGUUUGUCUCACUUUUUUUGGUUUCUUUGAC